CGCCCCGCCCCUGCACGUCCCGCCCCGCCCCACCAGGAAGGGCGCGGAGCCUGACGGGACCGCACCCGGGGUGCACAAUGGCCGGCUCCGCGGCUCUGCGCGACUGCCAGGCGUGGAAGGAUGCUGGUCUCCCGCUUUCCACCCCAAGCAACGAGGCCUGCAGGCUGUUUGAUGCCACUCUGACCCAGUAUGUGAAGUGGACCAAUGACAAGACCCUUGGUGGCAUCGAGGGCUGCCUGUCGAAGCUGAAGGCAGCAGACCCGACCUUCGCGAUGGGCCACGCCAUCUCUGCUGGCCUCGUGCUCAUCGGCACCGGAAGCUCUGUGAGGCUGGACAAAGAGCUGGACCUGGCCGUGAAGAACAUGGUGGAGAUUUCCAAAAGCCAACCCCUGACGCAGCGGGAGCGGCUGCACGUGGCUGCGGUGGAGGCCUUUGCCAGGGGGAGCUUCCCCCGAGCCUGCGAGCUGUGGGAGCAGAUCCUUCGGGACCACCCGACAGACAUGCUGGCUCUCAAGUUUUCCCACGAUGCCUACUUCUACCUUGGCUACCAGGAGCAGAUGCGCGACUCUGUGGCCCGAAUUUACCCCUUCUGGACGCCCGACGUCCCCCUCAGCAGCUACGUGAAAGGCAUAUAUUCCUUUGGAUUGAUGGAAACCAACUUCUACGAUCAGGCGGAGAAGCUCGCCAAGGAGGCGUUGUCUGUGAACCCGGCGGACGCCUGGUCGGUGCACACCGUCGCCCACAUACACGAGAUGCGCGCGGAGGUCGGGGAUGGGCUAGACUUCAUGCAGCGCUCAGAAGCCCACUGGAAGGACUCUGACAUGCUCGCCUGCCAUAACUACUGGCACUGGGCUCUGUACCUGAUUGAGAAGGGCGAGUACGAGGCUGCACUGACCAUUUACGAUGACCACAUCCUCCCCAGCUUGCAGGCCAGUGGCACCAUGCUGGACGUGGUGGACACCUGCUCCAUGCUGUACCGGCUGCAGAUGGAAGGGGUGUCUGUGGGCGACCGGUGGCAAGCUGUCCUGCCCGUGACCCGGAAGCACAGCCGUGACCACGUCCUGCUGUUCAACGAUGCACACUUUCUGAUGGCAUCACUGGGUGCUCGGGAUGCCCAGACCACGCAGGAGCUGCUGACCACCCUGCAGGACGUCAGCGAGUCCCCCGGGGAGAACUGUCAGCACCUCCUGGCUCGCGACGUGGGGCUGCCCCUGUGCCAGGCCCUGGUGGAGGCCGAGAAUGGGAACCCCGACCGCGUGGUGGAGCUUCUCCUGCCCAUCCGCUACCGCAUCGUCCAGAUCGGAGGCAGCAACGCCCAGAGAGAUGUCUUCAACCAGCUGCUGAUCCACGCGGCCUUGAAGUGCCGCGCUGGCACCCACAGGAACGUGGCCCGGAGCCUGCUGAUGGAGCGGGAUGCGCUGAGGCCCAACUCGCCCCUGACCGCGCGGCUCAUCCGCAAGGCGGCCUCUGUCCACCUCCUGCAGUGAGCGGGGCCUGCUGCCCGCCGGCCCGUCCGCUGCCCCACUGGCUCCCGAGGCUCAGGAGACAGGCCUGCUAAGGGUGACCCGCAGCCUUAAAUGGUCCAGGAAAGGGGUGCGAAUCUAUGUACACGUGAUUCAGAAUCUUCCUCUAACUCUUGCUGACAACCCGAUGCGGGUGCUGCUCUCCCCGCCGGCCCUGCUCACUGUGUUUUCCCCGGGGACCCUCGCACCUCCUGUUCAGGUGUUAGAAGCAAGGGUGGGGCGGGGCAGCUCAACUUGGGAAGGGUCUUCAUGGCCCGAGGGGCAGCCCCCACUCCAGGCUGCCUUUGGGGAAAACCCGCUUCAUGUCCUGGCUUCUGUUGCCCAUUUGUGGGGGAGGGAACUUGUGGGGGCGAGGGCCUUGCCCAGGUCACUGCUGAGACUCACUGCAGGCCCCCGUCCUCCGUGGGAGGGGGACCUUGUCUCAGCCUGUGGCCUCAGCGAGCGGCUGCACCCGUGUACCCCUCACAGAAGCACAGGUCUGUGGGCGCCCUUCUGCUGCCUCUGGAGAGCACAGUCUGCCGGCUCCCAGCCGCCUUCGGUGACAGCAAGUGGGGCUCGUCUUAUCUUCAUUCUAAACUGCACAUCAGGAACGGGCCUCGGUGCUUGGUUUCCUUUGCCAACUGUGACUUCAGUCGCUUGGACCAGGGCCCUGAGUGGACAUGCUUCCCAGGGUGUGAGGGCUGAGCGCCGGCUGCCCUGCUGUGGCGCACCCGAAACCAAAGCGCCGUGACACGUGGCUUCGGCAAGGCCGGAGCCAGUUCUGUAAGCGCUCUCUCGGCCCCCGCUGCACCCCGAACCUGGCCCCAGGUCCCUCUGGAGCGAGCCGCAGGUUUCCAUUUAAUGAGCCAACUCGGUGUGCCUCCUGAAGCUGAAACCCCAGCCCAGGGCGGGCUCUCAGGCUGUGUAGGAUUAAACUCAUUUAGCUCCCUGGCUAGGUAGCUCAGUUGGUUAGAGUGUUGUCCUGAUACGCCAAGGUUACAGGUUCGAUCCCUGGUCAGGACACCUGCAUGAAUCAACCAGUGAAUA